CGGAUUCAUGAGAGAAAAUCGACAAAACCCCUCAACCAAACGCACCUUCACACCUGGUUUUUUCUUCUAAUGGCGGAAGCUAUUCCUCCAUCGUCUUUGUCACCGAAACCUCUACAAUCUCCUAAUCCCAUGGAACCUUCCCCUCCAUCGUCUGCACCUCCACCGUCGUCAUCGCAACAACACAUGACACCUCCGAUUCCCAAUUCCGUCAAUUCGGCGGCGUCUCCGGCGAUGGCGGUGACGACAACCGAAGGUGUAAUUCAGAACACUAGUACCAAUUCGCAACCUAACAUCAACCCGAGUCCGAUUCCACCCGUCGGAGCUCAGAUCCCGUCGUCUUCUUCGUUGGAUCAGCAAACACAGAGUCAGCAACUCGGCCAGACUCAGCAAUUGCAGCAACAGCAACAGCAAAAUCAGCAAUUGCCUCAACAACAACAACAGCAACAACAGAUUAUGCAGCAGCAAAUCUCUUCGUCUUCGAUUCCGCAAUUAUCCCAGCAACAGCAGCAGAUUCUUCAGCAGCAGCAGCAACAGCAUAUGAGUCCGCAGCAAAUCCCAAUUUCGAAUUACCAGAUAGCUCAAUCUCUCCAGCGAUCCCCUUCUGUUUCUCGCCUUAACCAAAUUCAGCAGCAGCAGCAGCAACAUCAGGGGCAAUACGGCAACGUUUUGAGGCAGCAAGCUGGGCUGUACGGGACGAUGAACUUUGGUGGCUCAGGUUCUGUUCAACAGAGUCAGCAGAUGGGUAACCCUAAUAUGUCGAGGGCAGCUUUGGUUGGCCAAAGUGGUCACUUGCCAAUGCUUAACGGUGCUGCUGGAGCUGCACAGAUGAACAUUCAACCUCAAUUAUUGGCAGCUUCGCCGAGGCAGAAAACGGGGCUGGUUCAAGGUUCGCAAUUUCAUCAAGGAAGUUCUGGACAACAGUUACAGGGGAUGCAAGCAAUGGGAAUGAUGAACCUGACCUCGCAAAUGAGAGGUAAUCCUGCUCUCUAUGCUCAGCAGCGAAUCAACCCAGGGCAGAUGAGACAGCAAUUGUCACAGCAAAACGCUCUUACUUCGCCUCAGGUCCAGAACCUCCAGAGAACAUCUUCUCUCGCAUUCAUGAAUCCUCAGCUAUCGGGUCUGGCCCAAAAUGGACAAUCUGGUAUGAUGCAAAACUCGUUGACGCAUCAGCAAUGGCUGAAGCAAAUGUCGGGAAUAGCCAGCCCCAAUUCAGCAUCAUUCCGACUCCAACAGAGUCAAAGGCAGGCUCUACUCUUACAGCAGCAGCAAUUGCCCUCUGCUCAGUUACACCAAAACUCCAUGUCCUUAACUCAGCAGCAACUAUCACAGAUGAUACAUCAACAGCAGCAACAAUCACAAUUAGGCCAGACUCAGAUGAACAAUUCCCAUCAACAGCAACAGAUGCAGCAACAACCACAACAGCAAAUGCAGCAGCAGCAACAACAACAAAUGGCAAUAAACCAACAGCAGCCAUCUCCAAGGAUGUCGAGUCAUGCAGGACAGAAAUCUGUUAGCUUAACCGGUUCACAACCAGAUGCUACACAAUCGGGUACAACAACACCAGGUGGUAGUUCAAGCCAAGGAACAGAAGCAACAAACCAAUUGCUCGGCAAAAGAAAGAUACAGGAUCUGGUUUCGCAGGUGGAUGUACAUGCUAAAUUGGAUCCUGAUGUUGAAGACCUCCUUUUGGAGGUAGCAGAUGACUUCAUUGAUUCGGUGACUUCUUUUGCAUGUAGCUUGGCUAAGCAUCGUAAAUCGUCCAUAUUGGAGCCUAAGGAUAUAUUACUCCACCUAGAGAAAAACUUGCACUUGACAAUUCCUGGAUUCUCUAGUGAGGAUAAACUCCAAACAAAAAACGUACCAACUGAUCUCCACAAGAAGCGACUUGCAUUGUUGCGUGCUUUACUGGAAUCCUCAAAACCGGAGACGAAUGCAACCAAUUCCAAGGAAACUAUUAGACAAGGGAUGGUAAACCCAAACGGUCCAACCCAUCUCUUAAGGCCAUCACCAAGUUCAGAGCAAUUGGUUUCGCAGACAUCCGGUUCUCACAUAUUACAGCAUAUGACACGCUAUUAAAGGACUUGAAUAUAUAAGCCUGAGCCAGCUCUCGAUUCAUCUUCUUGGUUUCAGGAGUUUACACAUCCAUAUAUCAAAACAUUAAAGAGAGUGAAGGCAGAAGGAGUCAAACUGUAUGUAUUAUAUAUAAGUUAUGAUGAGUCUCAUAGGCAAACGAAUAAUAAGUUUUUUUUUUUCAUAGUCUGACUUUCUAAUUAUUUCGUCUUCUUUUUCCAUCUUUAGUGGGUUUUGUUUCUUAUUUGUAAUUUUAGAUGUCCACUAUUUUAAGCUUGAAAGUUGUAUUCCUUUGACGACUCAACGAGUGAUCCUUUU